AAACUAGUUGUCCUAGCUAGGAUCGCCAUCUUCCAUUUUUUUUAACGUGGAACCCAUUCAACUGCCCAUCAAAUAAUUGAUUGGUAAACUCGGGUCACAUGGAAGAUUCCGCAAUUUCCAUUCCACUGUCUACCGAAUAAUUGAUUGGCCGACUCUGGACCAAAUGGAAGACUCCGCAAUUCCCAUGGACUAGUUAAUACUUGGGUGGAGGCCCAAUGUGAGAGCACAUGCUGGGCUGAGGGUUCAUCUCACAAAUUACGAUAAUAAAAACAUACAUGAGAUUGAAACUCAUGACCUCUCGUUCGCGUGAAAAAUUAGCACGGUGAAGUUCACCAUAUCAACCAACAACUCGUUGUUGACCCCAACCUUCCACCUAACAAGUAACACCAUACUUCAACGGGGCCCACCACCCACUUGAACUUCAAUGAUCUAAGACACAGAUGAUUAAAUUGCAUCAAAACAAUUGACACACACCUUAUAGUUCAUACCUUUCUUCAGAGAAGUGAUGUGUAAACACCUUCACCAGCAAAAAAGUCACCAAACCUAACCUUGUUUGUAAAUUGUAUUCAUAGCGUGGAACUCAAUAUUUCCACAUAUUCCAAACCCCUCUUGAUUUUUCAUAUCAUGCGAUCUACACCCUUCAACUUUUUUAUUCAAAACAAGAACCCUAAACCAAGAUCAUCAUCAUCAUCUCGUACCAGCACCCAUGAUUUGGACAUAAUAAAAGCAGCUGCGUGGGCGUGGUACCAACAUGGUUCUGGCUCUGAAGGUAAGAUUACGAGAGAGUCUGAUGUUUUCAGGCCUCAUCGACCUCCCCGGCCGUCGCGGUACCAGCUAGAGGCGAUGAGAAUAUCUCAUACACUCUCACAAUCACCAACCCCAAGUCCAAUCCACACCCCCAACAAUUCUCUUCUUGAUAAUUUUGAAAUUGAGAGCAUCUCCAAGGAACUAGAUUUUCUUAUGGAGUCUAGAAAAUUUGAUGAUGGUGGUUCUUAUGAAAAGAAGAAGAAGAACAAGAACCAGAAGCCAAAAUUUAAAGGGUUUUGGCCGAGGCAUGUGGUGACGUGUGGUGCCAAGGAAGACAUGGUGGAUACGACGGCGUAUCGGAGCAGUCGGCAGCCGGCAAGGUUGGUGCCGGUGAUGAGACUGGUUACCUCUAAGCCACGGACCAACCAUGACUUGAAAACUUAGCAGUUUUGGAGCCUACUUAUUAUAUACUGUAACUGUCACCAAAAAAAUGUAUUUAUGAGUGUUGCAUUAUGACACAUUCAAGUCAAAUAAAAUACGUAUAUAGUAUUUGUUUUCCCUUUCA